AUGGACGUUGCUUCUAGCCUGUCACAGUCAAAUAUCUUUCAUGUAGAAGAGGUUACUGGUUACAAGGCACUGAAACAAUUGGCCUUGAAGCCAAAACUGAAAUAUAGUCACGAUCAUGGAAAAUUUCUGGGAGAUUUGAAACACUUACCAAAUACAUAUUCAAUGAGGAAGUUGAGGAUCAGUCAAACUGCAUGCUGCUUUGGUUCCGUAGUUCCUAUAGUUUUCGAUGUGGACAAUUCAUGGUUGUGGCCGUAUGGUUUUUAUGGUUCUCUUUGUGAUGGUUAUAUUCUUAAAAUGUCAAAGAAUAUAAGCCUUUCACAGCAUCAGAUGAAUAGAACAGUAGCUCAUGCAAUGGAGGGUUGCAGUGAUGAAGAAGUCAUUGAACCUGUUGAGGAUGUGACUGGCCAUGAAUCUAUUGCAUCUGAGGAAGUAUGCUCGGGGAAAAGAACUGAAGCUCCUGGUUUGGAUGAGUUGAAGGAAGCAUUGAAGCAGGCAGCGAAAGAUCUUAAAGAUGCACAUAUUAGCCGUAAAUUGUAUGAGGAAAAGAUUCAAAGUAUAACACAAUCUGCAAUAGUAUUAUUGAAGGAUAUAGCAGCAAAUGCUAGGAAUGAUGUGAAUAGGGCCCUUCUGAGAGGCCAAAAAAUUUUAAGGGAAGAGGUUAUUGCCAAAGAAGGUGUUCAAGAUGCAACAAUGUCCCUUUUUUUGGCUACGGCAAGACUGAAAGAGGCUAUUGAUUCAGUGAAAACUGCAAAAGAAAAAAAGCAAUUUGCUAAAGAUGCUAAGGGAAAUGAAUUUACACAUGGAAAUGGAAAGGAAAAUGCAAAUGAAUUUGAAGUGGCAUUUGCAGCUCUGAUGGAGAUAAAAUUAUGUCAAAUAGAAUUAGAAAAUCGAGAGGUUGACCUCAGAAGGAUUCAAAGUAUGAAAGAGGAAUUGCAGAAGGAAGUGCAAAUGUUGGAUGCUGCUGCAAAGAAAGCAGAACUUGAACUUUGUGAAACUGAAAAAGCAUUGGCAACCAUAAUGCUUGUGACAGAGAGACUUCAGUCUGCCAACCAUGUCGAGGAUGCUGAGAUUGCACUACAGCCGGCACAAAAGGACCUUACAGAUGCUCCAGAUUCUGCAGAGGAGGACGCAAUUUAUAUUCAGAUGUCUGCAGGGAAUUCUUUAGAUACUGCAGUUGAGAAAGACAGGAAAGUGCUACAUGAGGCUGCAAACUUAAGAGUGUCAGAUGAGCAUUACAAAGAUAAAGCACAGUUAAACAUUGACCAAUUGGAAAUAGAAUCAGAGGCAGAGGUGUUGAAAACUUUUCAAAGUAUGGAAAAGGAAAUGCAGAAGGAAUCACCAAGGAAGAGUUCACCUUUUAGUGCUCGAAGAUUUCCUAAGAAGCAGUGGCCUAAGUUGUUUUUUUGGUCGCUACUUGUUGGGGCAGGAACCGCCAUAUAUGUCAAUCAGACUGCAACACUUGGUCCACUACAUCAACAGGCACAAAUAAUCAUAACCAAGCCUCGAGCCAGUCUGAUAAGAAAACUGCCCAUGAAAAUGAAGAGGCUAAUUAAAAUGCUCCUCAAUCAAAGGGUAGCUGAGGAACCUUACCUUUGUGACGUAUUGUCGUUGCUGCUUGCAAGUGUCAUAUUUGUCCCUAUAAUCCAGAAACUUUCAGGAGGAAGUCCCAUUCUUGGGUAUUUAGCUUCUGGAGUUUUCAUUGGACCUUAUGGUCUCUCUAUUAUCCGGAAUGUACAUGUAACAAAGGCAGUUGCUGAAUUUGGGGUUGUCUUUUUACUUUUCAAUAUUGGCCUUGAGCUCUCUGCUGAAAGGCUAAGUUCCAUGAAGAAAUAUGUUUUUGGUUUGGGAUUGGCCCAGUUCUUGGCAACAACUGUGGCUCUAGGCUUGUUUUUUCAUUACCUUGCUGGCCUCUCUGGUCCUGCUGCAAUUGUUAUAGGAAAUGGCCUUGCACUAUCUUCAACUGCUGCCGUCCUCCAAGUACUACAGGAUCGUGGUGAGACAACAUCAUGUCAUGGACAAGCCACAUUUUCCGUAUUGCUCUUCCAGGAUUUGGCUGUGGUGGUUUUGCUUAUUCUGAUACCCUUUAUUUCUCCCAGCUCAUCCAAAGGAGGGUUUAGUUUCCGGGCAAUUGCUGAAGCUCUUGGUUUGGCUGCCGUAAAGGCAGUUAUUGCCAUCUCAGCUAUAAUUGUAGGAGGACGAACGCUGCUUCGCCCAAUUUAUAAGAAAAUUGCUGAGAAUCCAAAUAAAACAAUGUUUACUUCAAAUACUCUACUGGUUGUCCUGGGGACAAGUUUUAUCACUGCUAAGGCUGGCCUUUCCAUGGCUCUAGGUGCAUUUCUUGCUGGCAUGCUUCUAGCAGAAACUGAAUUCGCAUUAAAGGUAGAAUCUGAGAUGGCUGCUUACCGCGGCAUUCUGUUGGGCCUCUUCUUCACAACGGUUGGCAUGUCAAUAAAUCCAAAACUACUACUUUUGAACUUCCCAUUUAUUACCGGAACUAUAGGACUCCUAAUUGCUGCCAAGACGAUGUUAGUUGUUUUUGCUGGUAGACUUUUUGGUCUUUCAAUGAUAUCAGCUUUACAAGCUGGCCUGCUUCUUGCUCCUGGCGGAGAGUUUGCUUUUGUAGCUUUUGGUGAAGCUGUUAACCAGGGUAUAAUAUCAUCGAAGUUGUCAUCGCUACUUUUUGUUGCGGUUGGAAUUUCAAUGGCCAUCACUCCUUGGUUAGCUGCCGGAGGCCAAUACAUUGCAUCUCUGCUUGAAUUGCAAGAUGUUUGA